UAGUAUGUCUGUUGGUCAUCUACCUAUUACAUACUUAGUUUUGGAGUUGACCGUGGCCGUUUUCGCAGUACUCGGAAACCUUGUGAUAAUGAUAGUCUUCGGACUAGAUAAAAGUAUCAGAAAACUGACAAACUUUUAUAUUUUGAGUUUAGCAACAGCAGACUUCUUAGUUGGACUGGUCGGAGUGCCUUCAGCCAUCCUGACUAAGCUAGGAUUACCGGAGGGAAAUUUCGGUGGCUGCAUGACCAUGUUGUCUUUGCUAGUGGUGUUAUGCACCAUCUCUAUUCUAAACUUGUUGGCCGUAUCCGUAGAUCGGUACUGGGCAGUCCUUCACCCGUUUAGUUACCAGAAGAUGAUGACUGGACGUGCGGUAGCGACAAUUAUUCUGGGCUGUUGGUUUUUGGGCACCACUAUUGGCUUCUUGCCACUCUUCGGCUGGAACUCUGGGCCAGAGACCAGUGGCCGGUGUUUCUUCGCUCAAGUCAUGAAUUACAACUUUCUCGUGUUCCUGUAUUUCGCAACUAUCAUCUACCCUACUCUGCUGAUGGCUUUUUGCUAUGGAAAGAUCUAUAGAGUCGUUCUCAAACAGGCAAGUAAAGUCUCUUAUCAGAAAGUGUACUCUUUUAUCCACAUCAACCAUGAUCAAACCGCCAAGAUUAGGAUUUUGUCUCAUUAA